AAAUGUUUUAAUUUUUCUCUUAGGAUCUUUUUACACAACAUUUAUCUUGUGGAUUUCUUUAUUGUCGUGACUCAUCGGCUGCUACUGCAAAAGGAGUGAGCAGGACUAGAAAGCUAGCUGGACAGAUCGAUGACUUGGAUACAUAGAAGACCGAGAGCAGUGGCGAUAUUCCAGUUUGUUUAAAGGGAUUUCUUGUAUCAGAUUUGUGCAUUGGAAAAGUACUUCCUUAAGGGACAGCUGGUGCCGCUUAACACACUCACCCUCUCUACCAGCCCUUGGGACUUCAAACCAACACUGUCUUCAAUGAUCAAUGAAUAUUAAUCCUACGUUUUACUAAUAAUGCUGGAUACCAAUCACGGCCUGUCCUUUGAGCCCUCCCCCUCGGAGUGUUCCCCAAUAGAGGAGGACUUUGACAAGGAAGCCCUGAAGAUGGAUCUGGACAGACACGUCUAUCACAGUCUUAAAGAAGUCCUCCAACUCAAACUCCAGCAGAGACGAACGCGAGAAGAACUGGUCAGCCAAGGGAUCAUGCCACCACUGAAAAGUCCAGCAGCUUUCCACGAACAACGGCGGAGUCUGGAACGAGCAAGGACCGAGGACUACCUGAAGAGGAAGAUCCGGAGUCGUCCUGAGCGCUCGGAGCUUGUGAGGAUGCACAUUCUGGAAGAGACGUCUGCAGAGCCCUCUCUCCAGGCCAAGCAACUGCAGCUGAAGCGUGCUCGGCUGGCAGACGACCUCAACGACAAGAUCUCCCACCGCCCCGGGCCCAUCGAGCUGGUGCACAAAAACAUCCUGUCUGUGCCCUACCCUGUGCAUAACGCCCUGCUGGAUUCUCCAAAAGGUGCUGGAGGAGAGAGCUCAUCCCUGGAUGAAGACAGCAGUGAUGCCCUGUCCCCAGACCAGCUGACCAAUCACGACUCUCCUCUAAGUGUCCUCCCUCACAUGUCUCCUUCUGAGGGACUUAGCCCCAACGGAGACCUGUCCCCCACACAGUUCCUCACACAGCCCCCACCACCGCCCCCUCUGCCUCCACCUCCUCUCUCCAUGAGCGGAUCUGAAUCCCCCCUGUCCAAAGUCACCAAUGGGACCCCUGUCACCUCCCCAUCCUCCCGCCCCACUCAAGUUAAGCAGUCCCAGGCCAAGAGCAGCUCGGAUCGGCCUCCCCAGAGAUCCAAAAAGGCUAAAGACAACAAGCCUAAGGUGAAGAAGCUCAAGUAUCACCAGUACAUCCCCCCUGACCAGAAGGCGGACAAAGAGCGCCCCCCGCAGAUGGACUCAUCCUAUGCCAAGCUGCUCCAACAACAACAGCUCUUCCUUCAACUGCAGAUCCUGAACCAGCAGCAGCAGCACUACAACUACCACACCAUCUUGCCUGCCCCACCCAAGCCUACAAAUGAGCAGCCUCCAACUACCAGCUCUGGCCCCUCCCCUUCCCGUACCCUCACCACGACCACCGCCGCUGCAUCCUCCAAUCACAGCGCAGCAGUGAGACCAACUCAAACUACAACAAGUGGAGGUAAACUCGGAGUUCUGCCUUUAAACCUGGAUGAUUUUAAGGUCGCAGAGUUGAAAGCAGAACUGAAACUGCGUGGUCUGACAGUUUCUGGCACUAAAAACGACCUCAUCGAGAGGCUCCGCAACUACCAAGAACAGAACGGGGUCACUGGGGUGAAAAACUCACUAACCACCACCUCCGUUACCAGCCCCACUCCCUCCUCCUCCGUCACCAGUCCCACCCUAGAGCCGCAGCAGCCCGGGGAGGUGGGCAUCAAGAUCAGCCUGCCCUCUAUGGCUCAGGUCCAGCCUCACCAGAUCAUGAGGUUUGGCAGUACCAGCUCUAGCCCCCCAGUGUCGCCCUCCCCCUCCGAGCGCUCACUGGCCGGGAUGAGCCCAGAUGAGACCAGCUGUAACGGGGAUAUGUUUGGAGAGAUGGUGAGCUCCCCUCUGACCCAGCUCAGCCUGCACCCGUCUCCUCAGCACCCCUCAACUUCAGUCUCCUCCCAAGCCCUCUGUCCCGUCAAGGAAGAGACCCGGACCUCUUGCAGCCUCUCCAAGCCCGACCCCCCCGCCACCAUCACCAUGGAAACCUCCCCCAUGGACAAAGACCAGAUGCUACAAGAGAAGGACAAGCAGAUCGAGGAGCUGACCCGGAUGCUGCGCCAGAAACAGCAGCUUGUAGAGACGCUCCGGUCCCAACUGGAGCAGGGCAAGGUGGUGAAGACAGAGGACGUGGAGAGCAGGCCCGCAUGCAUACAGGUCAAGCCCCCGACACUCAUCAAGGCUUCUGCUAUCCAACCGCCCACACUGCCCAACGGUGUGGUGCUCAAACUUAAACGUGAAGACCCAGAGGACAAAAUGGAGGACGAGGCGCAAACCAAAAAAAUUACUCAACCAAUGCAGUGUUCACAAGAGACUUUGCUAAGGUUGCAGCAGAUCCACAGACAAGCAGAGCAGCACAAGCAACAACCGACACAAGUCCAGAAGGCAGCGGAGGUGAAGGCCACGCCCAUCUCAAAAAUGCCACAGCUAAAGAAAAACUCGCAACUGCUGCUACGGCAACAGCAGCAAAUCCAACAGUUAAUCAUCCAGCAGACCCAACAGAAGCAGAUGCAAGCUAAUAAGCUAGUACCACAGAGUCCAGUCAAGCAGGUCCAAGGUGCGGUCCAGACCCAAAAGAACCAGGUCAAGCAAGUUCAAGUGCACAUCCAGAAUCAGCACGCCACAGCCAAUCAGAGCACAGUCAACCAGAGCGUGGCCAAUCACAGGGCGGCGUCCAACCAACACAAAAGGCAGCACAAGGUUCAGCAGAGGCAGCAGCAGAAGCAGUCCACGGUGCCAGUCACUACACAACAGGUGACGUCAGUGGUCAUAAACCAGCAGAACGGCACCCAGAUCCACACUCAGGCCAUUUCUUUAGACCUCCUCAAAACCAAUGGAGCACCUACGCUGGUCACAGAUAGCAACGGCAACCACUACCUGAUUGCCCUCACCAGUAACCCGGGAGAUGGCCAGAAUGGGGUCUCCUCAUUGGCCAAAACAAAUGGACGAAUCACACUCCAGAGAUUGCAGUCCACUCCGACAAAGCUACCCAGCAGUAACACUGACAGCCAAUCAAAAGAGCAGCCACCAGCAGAGCCAGUGAGCCAGCCAGUGAAAAAGGUGCAGAAACCAGGACUGCACUUAGAAGUGAAUGGCGCCCCCCAGCCCAACCUCUCCGUCACUGCGCCUCCCACCAUGCAACCGUUCUUUGAUGACCUGUCUGACAGCGAGAGCCACAACAACCUCAUGUCUUCUCUGAAGAGAGAGCCGGUGUGUCUGCCAUAUGACCGGCAUGCUCUCUUCACCCCUCCCUCCCCCAAACCAAACACCUCCCCCUGCUCUCCGCGUUCCAAAGAGAAUGGUGUGAACAGUCAGCAGAUGGACGACCUGUUUGACAUCCUGCUGAAAAGUGGAGAAAUCCCCGGCUUUAAGUCCAACCCAGACCCCUCCCUGGCCCCCCUGCACUCAGACCCGCCUUCCCCCACCUCUCCCCCCUCUCCCCUGCACCUGUCACCCCCCACCCCCACGGAGCCCAUCAUGUGCCCGCCGCGGCCCGACCGGGACCCCUGCAGCGGAACGGGCCGACUGGAGGACUUCCUGGAGAGCACCACAGGAGCGCCCUUGAUCGGGGUGGAGCCAGACGGAGGGCUGACUCUCAUCGACGACCUCCACAGCCAAAUGCUCAGCACCCCCAGCAUCCUGGAGCACCCACCUUCUCCUAUGGACACCUCCGAACUGGGCUUCUCCCCACACUCCUCUGGCCUGGACUUCGGAGACCCAGCCUUGGACAGCAUGGACUGGUUGGACAUCUCCAUGGUGGGCGGAGGAGGUGGGGUGAGCAGUAGCGGUGGUGUGGGAGAGCGGGAGGGGGGUACGGGAGCCCCCCUAGUGUUGCCCCACACGCCCCAAAGUGUCUUCUCUGCUGAUUUCCUGGACAGUACGGACCUGCAGCUGCACUGGGAGUCCUGUUUGUAGCCACGCGACUGGGACACUGGCUCACAUGUACAGGCUGUGUCUUUGACAUGCACAUACACAUAUGCUGUACCACUGCGGGAGGGGGGAGGGGCCAUAUGCAAACACGCACACAUCGCCCCACGCCCGCCUCACUGUUACUGAAGCGGGGCCAUCACAGGAGACAGAAGCUACCAGACCAGAGGUUUUAGUUUAAAGAAAAGCCAAAGCAGUCCCACCUGUGUGUCGGCCCCGUGGACCAGGCAGCUGUGGGCCACAUGCUGAAUGUCCUACACCUGAGCUCACCACAUCUGUGUCAGUGCCUCCUGAAUUUUGCACUUAUGAAUCUGAUUGGUUUUAAGGGGAGGGGGGUCCCAUGAAUGCCACCUUGUGUUGAAUUGAUCAGCUGAGCCCUGUGUAAAAGGCAGCUGGCCUCACCAUGGCGACACAAGCCCCGCCCGCACUAGUCAAAGAAGCCAACCUUCAUUGGUUGAUGGUUGCUGUUGAAACAUCAGUGACAACAGUUUGAAUAGAGCCUCAUUGAGGUGCAUAUUAUUGGUAACAUUAUGGUAGACCACUAUGUAUUGCUGUAUAUGGGGUGUAUAUUAUCAAUUGUCCAUAUGAAUAUUUUUCUCUGCAGGCUGCUUAGAGCCAAGUGGAGCCAGCUGGGACAUAAGGUCAGGGCCGGGCCUCCAAGAUACUUGGACCUUGUCUUUUUAUAAAGGAAAAAAGUUGAAAAAAAAAAUAAAUAUACGAAAAAUCAA